CUAAACCGGAAGUUUAGCUGUUGUUGUCACACUGGAAGAAAAUGGCUGCUGCUCCGACUUUUUUUCAAUGAAGACCCUGAUAUUUCAAUUUCAUUUCGUUUUCUCGCAUCGGAGCUCUCGUCGACCGCUAUGCAACCUUGAAGGGUGUGAAUGGUCACUCCAGGAAGGUGACAGCGUGGGGCAGUAAGGACAGCAUCGUCUACCUUGCAGCUGGCGGUGGACCACAAUGCAACAAGUUUUGGAAUAUGCAUUGGAUCGAGCCGAGUACAUUGUUGAAAGUGCUCGACAACGACCAGCCAAACGGAGACUUUCAUCUGGUGGGAGGAAGAGUCUUUAUCAGAAGCUCUAUGAGCUGUACAUGGAGGAAUGCGAGAAAGAGCCAGAGUUAAAGAAUUUAAGAAGAAAUGUGAAUCUACUGGAGAAGCUGGUGUCUCAGGAGUCCGUCUCGUGUCUUGUGGUCAACCUGUACCCCGGGAAUGAAGGCUACUCUCUAAUGCUCAGGGGCAAAAAUGGAUCUGGUAAGAAAGAUUCAGAAACCAUCCGGCUGCCAUAUGAAGAAGGAGAGCUGCUGGAGUACCUAGAUGCUGAGGAGCUGCCUCCUAUUCUGGUGGAUCUGUUGGAGAAAUCACAGGUGAACAUCUUCCACUGUGGCUGUGUGGUAGUAGAAGUGAGAGACUACAGGCAGUCUGUUAAUACAAAGAUGCCCACCUAUCAGAGCAGACACAUCCUGCUGCGGCCAACCAUGCAGACUCUAAUCUGUGAUGUCCAUGCCAUGACCAGUGACCACCACAAGUGGACACAGGACGACAAACUGCAGCUGGAGAGUCAGUUGAUAUUGGCCACAGCUGAACCUCUGUGCCUGGACCCCUCCAUUUCUGUCACCUGCACAGCCAACCGUCUGCUCUACAACAAACAGAAGAUGAACACUCGCUCCAUGAAACGCUGUUUCAAGAGGCACUCUCGAGCUGCUCUGAACCGGCAGCAGGAGCUCUCCCAUCUGCCUAUGCCGCCACAGCUUCAACUCUACGACUACCUACAGAGGAGAAAGGAGAGGAAAACUGCUCCUGUAAUAGACCUGAAGAUCUCCAAGAUUGGAAACUGUGUCGACAUGUGGAAACAAAGCAACUGCCAGUUAACUGUACCGAAAGAAAUUGAUGUGGAGAAAUACGCUGUGGUUGAGAAAUCUCUGCAGUUGGAGGACUCUCAGCCCACCACUGUGAUCUGGCCUGCUGAGGAAGUUGUAGAUGACUACACCUUUGAGUGUGAGGUGGGGGGCCAAGCACAGAGGACCAAGGUGUCUAUCUUCCAGUCGAUGGGAGACCCACGGGUGUACGGAAAGAUCUACUGCGCUAAAGAAACAAAAGUAGAGGAGGACAGCAACGACCUGAAGCUCAUACAUCCUCCUUUUCUCAUAGGCUCAAAGAUAGAUGCAGAUCGGUUUCUUAAUCAGUAUAAAGGAGUUUAUGAGAGGGAUGUAAAGUGUCAGGUGAAGAUGUCACAUAACUCAGGCACCUCAGGGCAGGGGCCGCCCUCGCCCAGCAAAGAUGAGGGUGACGGUAUUUCUCCACUGGUCCAGACGUCUGUUUUGGGAAAAGGUGUGAAGCACCGACCCCCUCCCAUCAAACUGCCUUCUAGCAGCAGCUCCUCAGGUAAUCCAUAUAGUUCCAACACCAGUGGUCUUCUGAAGUGCCCUACGCCCCCUCCAGCCAAAAGCCAAUCUCUGAACAGGAAACACUCCAUGGAGCUGGGCCAGGUGGGCCUCCUGUCGCCUGCCUCCCUCUCCCCCAUGGGCACCACACAGAGAUCGGGGACCCCAAAGCCAUCCACCCCCACCCCCACCAACACGCCAUGCUCGACGCCUCACCCUGCCGACUCCCUCUCUGCUCCUCUCUCGUUGACCCCCACGCCUUCAGACCUUCCAAUGGUUCAGAGCCAGACACAGCCCACCCUCCUCACGCCCUUUGCCCAGCAGCAACUCGCUCUGAGCCAGCCUCUCCCCGUCAUGACCAUCCCUCUGCCCACCAUGGGAACAUCCAUCACCACGGGGACCACGUCAUCGCAGGUCAUGCCCAACCCGGCGGGGCUCAAUUUCAUCAACGUGGUCAGCUCUGUCUGCAGUCCUCAGACCCUGAUGAGCGGCUCCAAUCCCAUGCUGGGUCCAGGUCUUAACCUGAGUGGAAUCCUGCCACCUGGAGGGUUGAUGCCCACCAUGCAGUCAGCAGCACAGACUGGGAGUCCGUUUGGCCUUAACAGCAGUGCUGGGUUGAGACCGCUGAAUCUACUGCAGAUCCCCACUGGUCCUCUCAUCUUUAACUCUCUGCAGCAGCAGCAGCUUUCUCAGUUCUCGCCACAGCAGAGUCAGUCAGCCACCUCCAGCCCUCAACAGCAGGGGGAAUCGGGUGAACAGGGCUCAGAUCAAAGUUUAGGAAACCAGCAAACAGCGGUUAUCAACCUAGGAGUCGGAGGCUUCAUGUCUCCACAGGCAGCAGUGCUGUCCCAGUUGGGCUGUGGGCUGGACGGGCCUGGGCCCCCACUGCCUUCUCCAAGGCUUCAGCAGCAGCACCAGCCACAGAUCCAAUUGCAAUUCUUGCAGCACCAAAUGCAGCAGCAGCAGCAAAUGGCUAUGGGAGCAGCAGCUCCUCAGGGGGGAACACCACGGCAACAUACCGCCAGCCAACCAAGAAGUAAGAGGAAGAGGAGUCUGCCACAGCCGCUCCCGAAGUCAUGACAGACUUCAAAUCACACUAAAAGCUACACCAGGACGUGAAUGAUCCAUACUGUGCUCUUUGUCUGCCUCACUGUGGAGUCUGCAGACAAAAGAAAAAAACUUUUUGUCAUUUCUGUGUCUUUUUCUAGCUGACAAAUUUGUAUGUAAUGGUUGCCAGAGGGUUUUGGACAACCAAAACUGUGUUCACCUUUGAGUAAGGGGGAUUUUUAGAACAGGGAGACCUACGCCUAAAGAACCACGGUGAUAUUUUUUUGUGAUGAGACAGAAAAAGAUGGUUCUCGUAGGUAGCAGGCAUUCAUAAUUACAAACCGCCCCUUCAGGAAGACGUCGCUCUACGGGGGGAUCCUGUGGACUGAGAGGAUCAUGAAUGCACAGUCUCAAAGGAGUCCUCGUGAGGCUGCUCGAUCUUCCUGCUUCUGCUCGGUUGAACUCGAUAGAAACUGCCCUUUAAGAACGGAUCCCAGCUGAGCUCAUCAACACCAAAUCCUCCACACGAAGCAUCACAUGUGAGAAUGCUACAUCUGAUCUGGAGCAGGGCCUGGGAGCAGCUCUCUACCUCUCAGUCUGUUGGAAGUAUUUCUUCUGUUAGCCAUCUCGGCACAGGGCUCAACCUGAGGAGGGGGGGGGUUACUCAAGGUCAACAUGCAAGACGGUGUUCCUGCUUUUGUACAGCACAUUUUGAAAAAGGCAUUUCCUUUUAACGAGUUCAGGAGCCAUGAGAGUAUUCUUACGAGACAUCUAAUGAGUGUGUAUGUGAGACAUUUCUGGACACUGAGAAAUAAUUUUUUAAGGAUUCUUUGUCAGCAGUUUUAUUGUUAUUAAAAAAAAGAAUAUAUAUUGACAGUGAAAAAUACAGCUUUUAGAUAAA